CAGCAACGUCACGGUCGAUUUAAACGUUCAAAUCGACAGCUGCUUUUUCUCGUUGUCUUGACUGACUCGUUGACUCCUGGGACUGACUGGGAACAUUAUAAAAGGGAACAAUGGAUGAAUUUGCAGACCACCUAAAGCUGAUGGUGAAAACCUUCAGGAAGGAGAGCCACAGGGUUUAUCAGUCAGAGAGGACCACCGUUCAUGGAGCCGACAGCAUGAUGAUGGUGCUACAGCUGGCCAUGGCAGAGGUCAAUAAGCAGCGUGGAGGAGAGUUCAACGUGGCUCUGAGCGACGUCCUGGUGGCCUGGAAGCACCUGCUGUUAGACAAACUCCACCUGCCGCCCCCCAGCGCCGCCCCCCUGGAGAACUACGAGCUCUUCCUGGACGCGUACCAAUCUUUCCUGAAACGCUCCAACACCGUGGAUCUUGUGGACGUUCUGGCCAUGUGCAAAGAGCUGAGGGUGGGGGGCUCGGAUCCGGUGGAACCUGUGAGCCCGAUCCAGCUGUUCGAGUUUCUAUCAGGUAACGUGGAAAUCCCCGACCGACCGGCUCCAUUAACACCGUCUAGUCAAAGCAGGAACUGCUGCUCCCAGAUAAAAAUGGCAGUGAGACGUGUUUUCUGCUCCUAUCUGAGUUUGCUGGUAAACUCUAAAAACGACAUGGCCUUGGCGCUCACCCUCAACGUCCCCGCUCGCUCUCUUGAACAUCAGGCGUUUACUGACAUUAAGCGUGCUGCACGAGACAGUCAGACCUCUCUCUUCUUGGCUGUGACAUCUUUUGUUAGAGCGAUCCAGCUUGGAGGGAAGGGGUACGCACCAGCAGAGUCUGAUCCCCUGAGAAAACAUAUCAAAGGCCUGUGUGACUACGUCCUGUUUAUGGACAAUCUGGAGGAAAUACUGGGGGAGACUCCUGACCCAAGCGUAUGUGGAGGCAAGCUGCUGGCCGCCAUCAGAGCAGCCUUGGUGAAGGGACGCAGUAGCGGAGAUCCUGUGUACGCCGCAGCAGAAGACGCAACAAAGGAGCUGAAGGAGAAGAUCGUCCGCCUUCACCAGAUCCAUAAACAAGCUGCUAACGGAGAUGGGACAGGGAUAAGUCCUGCCAGGCCAAAAGCUUACGCAGUCAACCACGCAACUGCAUACGGAGGGCGGGAGACGGUAAAGGUGCUGAUGGCGCUGCUCGACGAAGAAGCUUUGGCUUCUCCAUGUCCAAACAAAGCAGACCUGCUGUCUGAAGACCAGCCGGCCCUCAGUGGAGCCGAAGGAACCUGCGUCCUCAUGCUGUUCAGAUCCCCUGAAGUGUCCACUGGAUGUUCUCCAGAACCCCUCAGGAACCGAGUCCAGAGUCGACUAAACCUGCUCAAGCCCAAGGCGACACAAAGGCUCAUCCGAUCUCAGUUUGCCUGCACAUACAAAGACGACCCACCGCUCAACCGGGUGCUGGACUUCCCAAGCACCAGUCAGAUGCCAACCUGUGCUCACCCGGCACCAAAGCCAAACACCAGUCCAUCUGUGGAAGACUGGAUUGACCCUGAUACAGAAGAUGCAACAGCCAAGCCAUCCGGCAAAUCCAGGAGAAAAGAGCACCGUGAGGUAAAGCGGGGGGUUGCUCCCGAGCAGAGGAGUGGAAAUGCUCAAAACGGAGGUGGAUGUCCGAGUAAUAAAAGGAAAACUGGCAUUCAAAUGCAGAGCAAGGGUAAUAAGAGGAAGCAGCUGGAUUCUGAGCGGCACAGCGGAUCAGAGAAUGAACCUCCGGAGAAGAAACAGCACACCCGUGUGUCAGUCAAAGUGCCCGGCAAAAACGUCUGCAAGCCUUCAAAUAAAAAGAAACUUAUAGCUGGACAGGGAAAGCUUACCAGCUUCUUUAGAGUUUAGGCAUGAAUAUCACCGAUUUGAUGAGAAAAGUAUUGCUUAAUUUGAGUCAGCUGAAUAGUUGAUUUCACCAAAGCACAGACUAUGAAGUGCAUUUUUCCCUUCAUCGGUUCACCAACUGAUGUGAUUAAUUUUUGUUUUUAAAUUUAGUCCUUUUUGUGAAAAGGUCCUUUUUUCAGUUGUUUUUGGUUCCUGAAUAGCACAAUGCAAGACCGCUUUGCAGCUAAUUAGCAUAAACACCUGAAAACAAAAAGGGGAAAAUGCCCUUUCCACACUUAAAUAUGUGCAUCUACAAAUUAAGUGCUAAAUGUGUUUGGUGUGAAACAAUCAAGGGGAUGAGAUGAGUCUCUUACUGCCUAACAUCUGAGAAAUAAUUAGCAAAAAAUCUAUGACACAGGAAUGGUUAAUUAGAAAUGGCAAAAAUGGCCACAGUCAAAUGUUUUUCUACAAAUUAAUCGUUGACAGGUUUCCAUGUCUUACUAAAUUAAAGAUGGGCUAAGCAAUACGCAUCGGCAUCUAAAGUAGAAAACUAAACAACUAUGGAAAAAUGGCUAACUAGCCCCUAGCCAUGGACACAUUGUAUAGGUUUUUCUAAUUAAACGUGGUAAAUUACUCAUACAUUUUUUAAUUCUGAAUUGAAGACAGUGAUCUGUGACUUCAUGACCUGAACUAGAUAAGUGGGAUACCAAGCAAUGAAGUUGUAAAUGCCUAAAGCAGAGACAAACUGCUAUAAAUUAGCUAUUUAGUAAUGGCUAGCUAGCCACUACCAAUAGGGUUUAUUGUAAUGUUUCUACCAAUUUAAAAUUAGGAAAAUGUGUAUUGAUUAUGAUGACUUCUCAUUGAGUUGAUGAUGAUCUUCAUGUCUGACUAGUUUUAAAGAUGGCUCAUGAAGACAUAAUACAAUAGAGAAAGCGCCCAAAAGUUUAUUUAGCAACCAUAGCUAGUUCUAGCUAAGGUUGCUAAAUAAAAAAACGGCUAGACACUAGUAACAGAUCUGAGUUAUUUUCCACUAAAGAUGUGACAAAUGUUAGUUAAUUAUCCAUUAUGGCUUUAAAUUCAGAAGUUGACAACGAACAAGCAAACAAAAAAAUGCUAACCCUGUUUUUUGGCUAACAGUUUUAGAGAAAACAAAAACUGAGAUUUAGCUCAACAACCUUGAUGCUUGGUUCUUUGUCAGUUUCUGGAUAAUUGUACUUUAACAUUUUCUUGAAAGCUUAAAUCAGUGUUCUUCUGGAAUAGAAAAUAAUUAUUGAUCAAAAAAUGUUUUUGAGCAAUAAUAAGGUUUUAAGAGUUUUCAAAUACCUUUUUAAAGGGCAUUCUUUCUAACUUAAAGGGGAAUUUAAAAACUUGAAAAUUGUGUGGGGCAGCAAACCAAACAGAUCAAACCUGGAUUCCAUAUUUGAUCAUUGCACUUUAUUUUAAAUAAUCUGCUACACAAGUUCUAAUACAUGUUAACAGAAAUGUACUUUACUACUUCUGAAGUUUGAACUUUUAUUUCUGUACAGUUUUAAUGAAAGCUUCCUUUUUAAUAAACUUUGAUGUUUUACA